AUGAACACCACGCCUGAUGUGAUUCGGAAGUGUUUGUGGCCUGUGUGCCUUGUGAGUCUGUUCAUCACUGGCAUCCUCUCUGUGGACUGCACCUUGUUGCACAUUCACCUGCGUAGAGUCAUCUGGCAAAACCUGAGACUUCUGAGCACUAUGAGCAAUUCAUUUCCUGCAGAGUGUCUAAGGGAAAGGAAAGCUUUUGAGUUGCCCCAAGAGAUCCUGUCAUAUACCCAGCCUCUGAAAAGAGGCAUCAAAGAAGCCUUCUAUGAAAUGUCCAUGCUGGCCUUCAACAUCUUCACUCCAUCCACCUUCCAACCCACUUGGGAAGAGAAACACCUGGAACAAAUCCAAACCGGACUUGAUCAGCAAUUGCAGUAUCUGGAACAAUGCUUGGAAGAAGAGAAGGAAAAUGAAGACAAGAAAGAUAGGGAAGAGGAUGAAAGGAAACACCCAGGAGCUAUGAUGCUCCAGCUGACCCAUCUAGAACUGAGGAGAUAUUUCCACAGGGUAGUCAGUUUCCUGAAAGAUAAGAAAUACAGUCGCUGUGCCUGGGAGAUCGUCCGAGUGGAAAUCAGAAGAUGUUUCUACUACUUUCAGAAAUUCACAGCACUACUCAGUGGGAAAUAA